CAGCCGACGGCCGGGGCUCGGGCACUCGCAGCGCGCUCCCGCAGAGCCGGCUCUCUGCGGCUGGUCCAUGGUUCUCCUCCAUGGUUCUGCUCCGGCACAUCUCCGUCGCUCUGACCGCCGCCGUGGCCGCCCUGGGCUCCGCGCUCUUCAUCGCCCUCAGCUACCUGUACCGGCGGAGGGUCUGGUCCCCGCACACGGAGUACUGCACCAUCAAAGAGGAGGAAGUGGAGCGCGGGAAGCGCCAGGUCCUGGUUCUGGGUCUGGACGGAGCCGGGAAGAGCAGCAUGUUGCAGGGCCUGGCCCCGGGGCAGCCGGCCACUAAGAGAGGCCGAUGCCGGCCCACCCGCGGCUUCAACUUCAUGAGCCUCAACGCCCCGGCCUGUCAGCUCGACUUUCUGGAGAUCGGUGGCGGUGAGGAUCUGCGGCGCUACUGGCUGGACUACCUGAGGAGGACGCACGUCCUGGUGUACGUGGUGGACUCUUCGGACCGGACGCGCCUGCCGAUGGCCAAGGCCGAGCUGCACCGCCUCCUGAAGCUGGAGCCACGGCUGCCCGUGGUCGUCCUGGGAAACAAGCAGGACAAGCCGAACGCCGUGAGCGUGUCAGAGCUGCAUGAAGCCUUGUCCCUGGACGCCCUGACGGAGGACAGGAAGUUGUUCCUCCUGGCGGCGCAGCUGGACGCUGACGGAGCUCUGAGGAGGUCCAGCCACGGCGUGGACACCGUCCAGGACGUCCUGCUCCAGCUCGUCUGA